UCACUCCGAUACACACACACACACAGACACAGAGAUAGAUAGAUAGAGAGAGAGAGAGAGAGAGAGAGAGAGAGAGAGAGAGAGAGAGAGAGAGAGAGAGAGAGGUGGAUGGUGGAGGCAGGAUGAGAUUCGUGUUUAUGUGUGCGACGACACUGGCGGCGAUCUUCGUCCUCGCGAAGCGGCGGCUGGCGGCCCGACGAUUGCAGUCAGGUGAAGGGCAGGGAAAAGGACAAGGCGGCGCGCAGGGAAAACGACAAGUGGAUUUAAUCGAGAUGGAAAUAGCGCAAACGUUCAUCAUGAAUAAGCCGACUGUCGCAACCGCUGACGUGGACGAGCAGUCGCUCUUCUCAGGGGUCGUCUCCUUUAGCUCGCAAACUUUUGCCGCCUAUCGCGCUCUCGAAUCAAGAGACCCAGAUGGGUUGUUUUUCGAUCCUCUAGCGGAGAGAUUAGCUGGGGUGAAGGCAAUGCAGGAGGUUGCAGAGAGAGGAGCGGAAGCUGUUGCCCGAUUUGCAGUUCGAACGAGAUGGGUGGACGAUGCUCUCCGGAGUGCAAUAAAGAGAACCAUGGAUGAACCGACAACCAGCCCUGCGAUUUCUGAGGAGAAGAAGCGGCGCCAAAGCAAGCUACUUGACGCGAUCGCAGAAGAACUAUCCGCCGUUUCGAUUGCCGACGAGAACGGAGAUGGAAACAAAAACGGAGCAGCAGACUUUUCCACCUCGGGCGAGUCUGACGCGGCUGCAUCGCAGAGCGACGAGAUGAUGGCGGCGGUGGAGUCUGACGUCGCAACGGUGUCAGAAAGCAAAGCCAAUGGGAAGCAAUGCGAUCAGGAGGGAGAGGAUGACGGAUCCUCGAGGAGAAAGGACAAGCGACCUGUGACGACAUCGGCCUCCAACGAAGAGUCGUCGAGUGCCCAAACCUAUGAUCCCCGCACAUCCAACGGUGUUGUCCACUUGUCUGACAUGUCCGGCAAUCAGAUCGGCUUUCAAGGCGACGUUGCUGGCAAUGGCGACGCUGUAAGAGAUGCCGAUAUGCACCCCGCAGCAAGCGUGGCGGCUGCCCUUGAACCCGAACGUGCCAACUCCCUCGGACAGAAGAGGAACGGAAUGGUUGGGAUCCCAACCAUUCCUUCGAUCCCGGGGGUUGUCGAAGAGGACAUAUCGCAAUGGUACUCGGCGGGAGUUGGGAUCCCAACCGAGUACCAUCCGAGUGAGAGCGGGUUGAUGAGAGGCCAAUUGGAGUGCCAGGUUGUCAUCCUCGGGGCAGGCAUGGAUGCGCGUGCGUGGCGACUGCUUGGACAGGCCACGUCGGCAAACAGCCCAAAGGCCUCUGUCAUCUUUGAGGUGGAUCGCGCGGACGUGAUUAGAGCCAAGGAAGUGAUUCUGGCAAAGAUUGCAGCAGAGGGUAAGCUCCCAGUGCUGCAAUUGGCCGAGCAGCGCGUGGCAGUGGCUGCCGACCUGCAGAGCGACAAUUGGUAUGCAGCUUUGCGAAGCGCGGGAUUUGAAGUCGGGAAGCCUACCGUUUGGUUAAUGGAAGGUUUGCUCAUGUAUUUGAAAGAAGAUAGUGUUCUUGUGAUGAUGAACUUAAUCACGAUGGCAUCUUCGCCGGGGAGCUCGAUAGUUACAACUGGGGUGUCCUGGGAAGCUGUGAAGAAAGGCAAGGCAUCCUCUCACGGCUUGAUGAGGGAGUGGAAAUGGGGCUGCGAUAACCCCGAAGCGUUUUUUUCAAGUCUCGGGUGGAGGAUCGUUGAUGCCAGUGAUCCAUACACAUCAGGUUUGCAAUGGGGAAGGAGUGUCGUAUCGCGUAGAAAUCGUCAAGGGAGGCCAGCAGAGCCAGGGAAGCCCAAGGGGGUUUGGUAUAUUUAUGCGAUGCUUUAGUGAAUAAAUAAUUACAAUAAUUAAAUAAUAAAUAUGCUCAUUCUUCCUACCACCUACCAUCCUCCACCCCUCCUCCUCCUCCUUCCUGCCUUGCUGAUUCAUCCCCCCUUUCAGGGAAGCCUAAGGGGGUCUGUUUUCAACAUUUCAGCUUCUCGCCGUUAUACCGUUCCUUUGCCUGAGAUUGGUUAACUCCAGAGCUUUUUCUUCUUCUUCUUCUUCACUGUCAAGAAAGCCCGGCCACCGAUUCUGCGCCGUUAUAUCUUGAUUGGCGCCCCGAGAUGGGUGGCUUAUGUUGAGAGAGGUAUGAUGAUUCAGAGUGAACCCUCCCUCAGGUAUAUUACUCUUUUGAGAGAGGGUUUGAUUUCUAGACAAGCAGACAGACAGACAGACAUACAUGCCCAAUGAGCUGUGGCGAGGGUGCAUAGUAGGGCACAUGUUUCUGUGCUCUGCAACUUCUGCUAGCAUUUCUUCAUUCGAUGCCAGCAAUGGCCUACUCAUCGUUGUCGCAUUCAUUCAGUUACAUCUAUCUAUAUCACCCAUGGUCCCAUGGUCCCAUGCCCUUUCACUG